CAAACACAGUACUCACUUAAAGAAAGCACUUCUUUUUCAUUUUGGUUUUGUUUCGGUUUACACAUUCUGAGUUCUGAGUGCGUCCGUUGAAUAUAAGAAAAAGACAUCGUUUUUCAUUCUUAAAGGCGUUUCGCAUGCAAGUAAACUAACAUAAAAAGGUGUUAAUUCUUGAACCUUUUACAUACGCGAUUUUGUGUUAUACCUCGGAUCCAAAGAUAAAGUACAAACACGAGCAGUAAACGAUUGGCAGACAAACCGACCAUAAGAGCCAUCGUGUAUGAAUAAAAGAAAAACAUUCGCAAUGAUUUGGUGGAUACAAAACGUCAAAUAAAUCAAAGAUAACGAGUCAGUGCAUUGAAAAAGAUAAUAAAAAAAAGUUAGUUAUUAAUUUGUAAAGAAUAGUUUUUUGAGAAUAUAGUGACGAUUGGAUUAUUUGCAAACAGUAGCAGAAAUAUAAAAAAAAACAAACUCAACAUGAUUAUAUCACAAAGAACUUUUAUUUUUUUGAUAUUAUUUGGUGUGACGAAUGUACGGUGUGAGACAACAAAAUCAGAUGUAUUAUCAUAUUUGAAUGUGUUGGCCUGUUCAAUUAAUCAGCAACCGUGGGAAUGUAUUUAUCAGCGUUCGGGUCGAUUGUUUGAUAUCAUCAAUGAUGCUCUAGUGGAAAAAGUAAACGAGCUAAAGACCGAAGCUGAUGUUGAGUUUUCAUCAAAAUUGAGCGCUCGUGGCAUGAGCAAUACGGAAAUAUCUGGGCUAGAGAAACCGUCAACAAUGCUUUCAUCCCUCGAAGACUAUGUGCGAAAUGUGUUUAAAAGCUUUUCGUCGCAAGCAUUAGUCGGUGACGAAGAUUUAGAAGAGAGCCGCAAAAUGAAGGACAAGAAAAAGAAGAAGAAGAAGAAGAAGCCCGAGGUGGUUGAAGUGGUGCAAUACCAGAAACCCGAAAUUUAUCAGCUGGUCGAAGAGAUUCCCGAUCUUAUGCAUGGUCACGGUGGGCAUGGCGGGCACCAUGGCAUUAUGCAUCAUAUUGGCGGCGGAUUACAUAAGAAAAAAUACGGUAGAAGCAUUGGAGGUUUGAAAACGAUUGAAUUGUUGGCGAAAUUGGGAUCAUCACAUGGAAAACGGGGCAAAGGUAAAAAGAAGAAGAGACGUGCACUCAUGAAAUUGCUCUUAAUUGGUGCUGUGCUUAAAGCCAAGAUUGAACUCCUACUGAAAAUCAUCGCCACCCAUUUACAAAUCAAAUUCUUUGUCGUUGCUGUCAUUGGUUUGAUUGUGAACAUCGCCAGAUUCUGGGUGGAUUUGAAACGUGGCCAAACACCACAAAAGGUUGCCAUCAUUGAACACGCACAUCAUCAGCAUGUCUACGAAGAUUCGCACGACGACAGCUGGGGCGGUUCGAGCAGCUCGGGCAGCUACUGGAAACGUUCAUUGCCCAUCGAAAAUAAUGGUGCCGCUGAAAAUGUGCCAGCUACAUCGAACUCGGAUCGUAUCAAUGUUAGCUACAAUCAACAACGGCCAGUUGCUGUUAAACAAACGGCCGCAUACACUGCGGCAAGCGCUAGCAAUUAUCGACCAACCACGUAUGAAGAGUAUAAUGCAAGUCCACAGCUUGCCACAUACACUGAUCCACAUAGUAUCGUGUACAGUCAACAAAUGCCACAACAAACUUAUAGCUUAAAUUAAAUUUAAAAGAAAAAAAAAGAAAACGAAACUCGAAAAAACAAUCUACAGAAA